UUGCUAAUUACUGGGCAUGGUCUUGAUAUUUUGGUCGAUGCAUAUUGUGUUAAGAAUAACACAAUAUAAUUCCUUGUACUCUAUUGUAAAGAAUAACAAUUUGUGAUCCUUUCUGCCUAUAAUUCUUUUCAUAGUGUAUACUGGUAGCACAAACCCAUAAUUGGAUAGCAUGAGAGAAUCUAAAUUGCUUCUUUUCCUUCAUAUUGUUUUCUGUCAUCCUAACAAGUCAUUGUUUAUGUGGAUUGUUUGGUUGCUGGCUCCAUGAUUUAUAAUAUGUAAAUAUGCCAAACUAGAACAUGCUUGAUAUGCUACUAGGUGCUACUUGAUAUGCCAAACAAUCUUGUUUCUUCCUAAAAUAGAUGCCUUUGUAGAUCAUUCCUAUCUGAUAAAUCAUGAACACUGAUGAAGCUGACUUUGUCAUAUUGUUAUCUUUUCAACUCAUUCAUAUUUCACCGUGAAGGAUCAUCAUUCUAUUUGUUAAGUGAAUUAAGUGGUUAGACAUCCAUAGCUUCUCUUAUGACAUUUUAUGGCAAAACAAGGAUAUGUAAUUAACAAUAAUAUGCUCAAUUUUUCAGGUUGGAGAAGAUGGGGGCUUUAGAAGUCCAUAAAUUGGUUAAUGAGCACCAAGGGUGGCGCCUUCUUUCUUGCAUUUGGCUACAUGCUGGAUUGAUCCAUGUAAUUACCAAUAUGUUGAGUCUUCUCUUUGUUGGAAUUCAACUUGAGCGAGAAUUUGGAUUUGCAAGAAUUGGCCUGUUAUACAUCAUGUCUGGAUUUGGCGGGAGUCUGUUGUCUUCUCUGUUUACUGCAUCAAGGAUCUCUGUUGGUGCCUCUGGUGCCCUGUUUGGAUUGCUUGGUGGCAUGCUUUCUGAACUUUUAACUAACUGGACAAUCUAUGCUAAUAAGUUUGCAGCAUUGUUGACCCUUAUAUUUAUUAUUGUAAUUAAUUUGGCUGUUGGACUCCUCCCGGAUGUGGACAACUUUGCUCAUAUUGGAGGAUUUGUUUCUGGGUUUCUUCUUGGAUUUAUGCUUCUAAUUCGACCCCAGUUCGGGUGGGUUAGCCGAGAGAAUGCUCUACCUAUGUAUCAUUCAACCCCAGUCAAACACAAGCACAAGAUAUACCAAUACAUACUAUGGAUCACUGCAGCCCUCCUUCUGGUUGUUGGGUUCACCAUCGGCCUCGUCAUGCUGUUUCGAGGGGUUAAUGCAAAUGAUUAUUGUCCUUGGUGCCGUUAUCUAAGUUGCAUUCCUACGUCAAAAAAGAGUUGUUCAUCGUCGCCCAUUUAUUGCUCGUCAUCUCAAGAAGGGAGCAACGUGAACUUGUCAUGCGAAGGCAGCAGCAGAACCCACAGCUACUUCUUGCCCGACGCAACGGAAGCUCGAUUACGGGAACUGUGCUCCCAGCUAUGCAGUUGACGAUGCAUUUUUCGUUUCUAUUCCUCCAUUAUUUUUAGUCCAUUUUAGAUUCUUUGUACACAUGGGAAGCAAUGCUUUCUUUCUAUCAUAGGGUGUUGCUUUGUGUGGCCCCAUUAAUUUACGGGUCGCUUCAAUCCAAUUAGAUACCUGUAAA